AGUGCUAAUCAAUAUACGUCACUGAUUCAAACGAAGGCGCUCUCUAUGGCAUCCGUACAUUCUUUGGCUAAGGUCGUGAUGUUGUGAAAGGUACCCUUCUUGUAUAUAAUGGUAGUUGGAGCUGGUGUGUUACCUCCUGCUUCCCUUCCUUCCUCGCAUACAGUCUCUUCCGAACCAUGGUCUUCAGACAGCUUCUGGUCCUUGGCGCCGUUGUGGCAGCCACAACAGCGUCUUCGCAAAUCUUCGAGAAUCACCCGCCCAUGCCACACGAAUUCGCAUACGGCGUGGAAGCUCCGGAGACAGGCGAUGUGAAGGAACAUAAGCAGAGUGUGUCUCGCACGGGGAGGACUGACGGCGAAUACCGAUGGCUUCAACCGAACGGCCUCUACCAAGUCGUCAGGUAUUACGUGGACGGUGACUCCGGAUUCCAAGCUCACGUAAGCGAGGAGCCAGGACCCGGUGUCGGAAACUACUACAGCAAUUCCCUGAGUGGGGAGAGUUCCGUGGGCUUCGUUCCUCCCUUGUCCCAAGGCGUUGUUGGUAUUCACAACCCCCUUCAUCCUGGCAUCAGCAACGUGAUCACGCCUCCGAGCCACAUCUCUUUCACCGGCCCAUUACCUAACCCCCUCAUCACGGCUCACGGUCAGACCUCCUUGAUUCCCCUGACGCCCACACAUGUUUCUGUCUCCUCUGAUCUGGGAGCAGGCCAACCCUUCUCUUCCUUCUCGAGGCCUGGAAGUUCCUUCUCUUCCUUCUCGAGGCCUGGAAAUUCCUUCUCUUCCUUCUCGAGGCCUGGAAAUUCCUUUUCCUCCCUCUCUAGGCCUGGAAAUUCCUUCUCAACUUUCUCAGUGCCUAGCCAAACCUUCUCCUCCUUCUCGAGGCCUGGUCACUCCCUCUCCUCCUUCUCGGGGCCUGGCCAAACCUUCUCUUCCUUCUCGAGACCCAGCCAUUCCUUCUCCUCCGUCCCAAGGCCCAGUCGCGUCUCCCUCUCUCCUACGGCGCUGGAUAGCGGCUCCUUCUCCACCACCGUGGCGCCUCACCACACCUCCUUCACCACCACCCCAGGAUUCAACACUCACCACCAGAAUUUCGGAGGAGUGACCGAUGGAGGUAUUAUCCACGUGUAAAAGGACAACGAAGACUCCUCCUCCUUCUCCUCCUUCAGGAUUUUCGCCUUGAAAUUCACCGAUAAGAACAGGACCAUAGAUGGAGGCUUGACUCUCCUCAGCCUGAAACGACUUGCCUGUUGUAUAUCCAUGGGAGAAUUCUGCACGUUCUCUGUUUCGCUACAAAUGCUGAAACCCUUAAACUCACUCAUUUCUGGAAGACUGUAACGAUCCCUUCUUUGCCAAUGACUCAAAACGGCACGAGAAUAAAGAAUGCAAACUAA